UUUUGGGGUGUUUUGGGUAAAUGUUGUAGGCAUCUCGUUUGCCACUUUUAUAGGUAACUCUUUCUUUGCAAAUAAGCAAUCAACAAAAAACUAAAUUCAAACAGACAUAUCAGGAGCACGCCUUGGUGAAAACUGAAAAUCUCAUUUGCAAGUGCAUUUUCUAGUGUAAGCGUGAAGACUUGGCCAAAGGAAGCAAAAGGCCAUGGUACAUCAGGUACGAGAGGUUCUCAUUUAUUUGUUUUUAGCGGUGUUCUACAAGGCAACUGGUACUGUAAAGCCUUAUUGGAGACCAGGAAGCAACUUGAGUCCUGAUAAUGAUCGUGCCUAUUGCUUAAGCUGGAGGUUGGGUGUAGAGACCAACAAUGUGCGUGCAUGGCGUACCGUCCCAUCUGAGUGCAAGGAGUACAUUGAAAAUUACAUGACUCGUGGACAAUAUUACCAUGACCUCAACUUCAUUACCAACCAAAUUUCAAGUUAUGCAGAUGAGAUUGCUCUUUCUAACGAUGGCAUGGACGCCUGGAUUUUGGACAUUGAUGAUACAUGCAUAUCCAACAUCAUUUAUUACCGAGGAAAGAGAUAUGGGUGCGACCCAUAUGACCCGCUAGGGUUUAAGUCGUGGGCAAUGAAAGGAGAGUGUCCAGCCGUUCCUUUCAUGCUUGGGUUGUUUGACAGAUUGGUUCAAAGUGGAUUCAAGGUGAUCUUGCUCACGGGAAGAGAUGAAGAGACCCUCGGCCAAGCCACAACUGAUAACUUGCUUAGCCAAGGAUUUAUUGGUUAUGAACGUAUCAUUUUCAGGACCACGGCUUAUAAAGGGCAAAAGGCAGUGACUUUCAAGUCUGAAAUUCGGAAGCAGCUUGUAGAAGAAGGUUACAGAAUAUGGGGAAAUGUUGGAGAUCAGUGGAGCGAUCUUCAAGGAGAAUUUACGGGCAAUCGGACCUUUAAGCUUCCUAAUCCUAUGUAUUUUGUUCCUUGAAAUUGUAAAACCUUUGUAUUUGGAAUAUUGUAUAUCCAAUUACAAUCACCAGUGUUCCUUUUAAGUUUUAUCAAUAACUUGUCACAAAUAAGU